AUGAAAUCCAAAUCGAAAACCAAGACUCUGGUUUUAGCCGUAUCACUUUCAUCAGCAUUUCUUGUCUUGGCUAUUGGGGUUUUCACAUAUUGCGUGUACAAGAAGAGAAAGAUGGCUAGACAAAACAAAUGGGCAAUUUCAAGGCCAAUUCAAGUACCAUUUAGAUUCGAAAAGUCAGGUCCAUUUUCGUUUGAAACGGAAUCCGGGUCCUCUUGGGUGGCUGAUAUUAAAGAACCCUCUUCAGCACCGGUGGUGAUGUUUGAGAAGCCAUUGAUGAACCUUUCAUUUAAGGACUUAAUUGCAGCAACAUCACACUUUGGGAAAGAGUCCCUUCUUGCAGAGGGUAGAUGUGGGCCCGUUUACAGAGCCGUACUACCAGGUGACCUCCACGUGGCAAUCAAGGUCCUGGAAUAUGCUAGGGACCUUAACCAUGAUGAAGCUGUAGCCAUGUUUGAAGACUUAUCAGGGUUGAAACACCCCAAUUUGCUGCCUAUUUCUGGCUAUUGCAUUGCAGGUAAGGAAAAGUUGGUAUUGUAUGAAUUUAUGGCCAACGGUGAUCUCCACCGUUGGUUGCAUGAGCUUCCAACGGGAGUACCCAACGUGGAAGACUGGAGCACUGACACGUGGGAGCUUCAAAAUGGGUCCGAUAAUGCAUCGCCGGAGAAAUUGGAGUGGCACACGCGCCACCGCAUUGCAGUGGGUAUAGCGCGUGGACUCGCCUAUCUGCACCAUGCACGGUCCAAGCCGGUGGUGCACGGACAUUUGGUUCCGUCUAAUAUCAUGUUGGCGGAUGACUUUGAACCCCGGAUAACUGACUGUGCAUUGAGUCAAGACCGAGUUGGUGGCUCCACAGAGGCUGAUGUUUAUAAUUUUGGUGUAGUGCUAGUGGAGUUGUUAACAGGAAAACAAGGUUCACAUGAAACUGUCAACUGGGUGAGGAGAUUAAUAAAGGAUGGAAAAGGGGAGAACGCUCUUAACUCGAGGCUGAGACUCGAUGGUGACUCAGUGAGUGAGAUGGUGGAGUGUCUCAGAAUUGGGUACUUGUGCACGGCGGAGGCGCCAGGGAAAAGGCCCACAAUGCAACAAAUUUUGGGUUUGCUGAAAGACGUACAUCCCAAACCAUUAUAUAUUGUCUGA